AUGACAGCAUCAGAGAUGUGGGUCCGUGGCCAAGCACAGGCACGGCUGCGAGACCACCAAACGGGGUCUAUAAAGCUUGCUCACUUUUCAGCCCUGAGGUUAAAUGCAGCAAAUGCAGCUCCUUUCCUUCAUGACUGGACCGGGCUGGGAGAGGGGCUGGGGGCUGGCGCCCCAAGUUCGCAGCCUCACAUCGUCUUCAUCCUGGCUGACGACCAGGGAUUCCGAGAUGUAGGGUACCACGGAUCGGAGAUCAGAACGCCCACUCUGGACAAGCUAGCUGCUGAAGGGGUUAAACUGGAGAACUAUUAUGUUCAGCCUAUGUGCACACCAUCCAGAAGCCAAUUUAUCACUGGAAAGUACCAGAUACACACGGGCCUUCAGCACUCCAUUAUUCGGCCAACCCAGCCCAACUGCUUACCUCUGGAUAACGUCACGCUACCUCAGAAGCUGAAGGAGGUUGGUUAUUCAACACACAUGGUCGGCAAAUGGCACUUGGGGUUUUAUCGCAGAGAAUGCAUGCCCACACAGAGAGGAUUUGACACUUUCUUUGGCUCGCUCUUAGGCAGCGGUGACUAUUACACUCACUUCAAAUGUGACAGCCCUGGGAUAUGUGGCUAUGACCUGUACGAGAAUGACAACGCAGCUUGGGAUCAUGACAACGGCAUCUACUCGACGCAGAUGUACACACAAAAAGUACAACAAAUCUUAGCUUCUCAUGACCCCAGGAAACCUAUAUUUCUGUAUAUUGCUUACCAAGCUGUUCAUUCGCCUCUUCAGGCACCAGGCAAGUAUUUUGAACAUUAUCGAUCGAUAAAUAACAUCAACAGGCGAAGAUACGCUGCGAUGCUAGCUUGUUUGGAUGAAGCCAUAAACAACGUAACCCUUGCUUUAAAGGAGUAUGGUUACUAUGAGAACAGCAUUCUCAUAUAUUCUUCAGAUAAUGGUGGGCAGCCAAUGGCCGGAGGAAGUAACUGGCCUCUCCGAGGCAGCAAAGGGACCUACUGGGAAGGAGGUAUCCGUGCUGUUGGGUUUGUCCAUAGCCCCCUCCUGAAAAACAAAGGGUCUGUGUGUAAGGAGCUUGUGCACAUCACAGACUGGUUCCCCACUUUGAUCACACUGGCAGAAGGGCAGAUCGAUGAAGAUAUCCAGCUAGAUGGCUAUGAUAUAUGGGAAACCAUUAGCGAAGGCAGACGUUCUCCACGGGUAGACAUCUUACACAACAUUGACCCAAUUUACACCAAAGCCAAAAAUGGGUCCUGGGCAGCUGGCUAUGGGAUCUGGAACACUGCGAUUCAAUCCGCCAUCAGAGUGAAUCAUUGGAAACUAUUGACGGGAAAUCCAGGAUAUAGCGACUGGGUACCUCCACAGGCCUUCAGUAACGCAGGCCCCAACCGCUGGCACAACGAACGCAUUUCUUGGUCAGCUGGCAAAACAGUGUGGCUUUUCAACAUAACUGCUGAUCCAUAUGAACGAGUGGACCUCUCUGCAAGGUAUCCAGAUGUAGUGAAGCAGCUGUUGCGGAGGCUUUCCCAGUUCAAUAAGACUGCGGUUCCUGUUCGAUACCCACCUAAGGACCCUCGGAGUAACCCGAAGCUGAAUGGAGGAGUCUGGGGUCCAUGGUUUAAGGAGGACAAAAAGAAAACAAAAUCAGAUAAAAGUAAAGGUGCAAAUAAGCAAAAGAAGAACAAGAAAAAAACAACUCGGAAAAAAGGGCAAUCAUUACAUUGCCGUUCACGUCUUGCUGGUGGAUAGACUCUAAGCACACUCUUUUGCCAAGUCUAACUCAGCUUGGCCCAA